AUGAUUCUCGCCAUCUUUUCUGCCUCUGUUCUUCUCUCUUGUUUGCCUUUUCUUCACUCUGCUACAGACCACAACAUUUCCAAAUCUAUCUGCCCAAAAGAUUUCAUUUGCCCAAAAAUUUCCCCAUUCACAUACCCAUUUUAUAAUACGACUGACACCAAUUGUGGGUUGAUCAAGGUCAACUGUACAUCAUAUGGUGGGGAAAUUGAAAUUGGAGGAGAGUCGCAUGAGAUUGUUUCCAAGUAUGUGUCAGAUCCUCUGGUCAUGAUCCAUAACAAAACGUUUGAAAGACUUGUAAAUAAGACAAGGUGUGAGGCACUUGCGUAUAACUUCACUUCUCCAAGUCCUCUUUUGUAUUCAGUUUCAAUCCUACCCUUCAUCACUCUCUACAAAUGCACAAAUCAUACCAAUUCUAUAAACACCUCAACAUACUUUCAACAACAUAAUUAUAGUGGAUACGACAGAUGCGAUGAUCAUGAUUUCUACUAUGAUUAUUCAAUGAUCAGCUAUGCAGAAUUUCUACAUGAUCUUCCGCCUACAUGUCAAGUAAUACAGCUGCCUGUGAAAUUUCGAGGGCCAAAUGAUCCUCAAGUACCUGACACUACCAACAUAUUUUCUAUUCUUGGCUCCACAUUCUCUGUUUCAUUUAACUUGUCAACUCCCUGUCAUAAGUGUCAUCAGGAAGAUGGCCAGUGUAAUAUUCACAAUGGAUUGUUUCAGUGUUUGGAUGCCAAAAAGGAAAAAUCACGCAGAGAACUUAAACUGAUUCUAGGUGUUGCAGGAUCCUCCUUCAUCCUCAUACUUUUUCUUGUCAUCUUCAUAACAUGGGGCCGCUACAAGACAAACCCUUUUUCCUAUUUCUCAUCAAAGGACAGAUCACUAAAUGCUGAAGAUGGGAGUACUCUCUUCCAUGGCGCCUCUGUUUUCUCCUACACUGAACUCGAAGAUGCCACCAGACAUUUCGAUCCUACUCGGGAACUAGGGAAUGGAGGUUUUGGAGCUGUUUACUAUGGUAAACUCCAAGAUGGGAGAGAAGUUGCAGUGAAGAAACUAUACGAGCACAACUACAAAAGAGUACAACAAUUUGUGAAUGAGGUUAGAAUCCUCACCAGAUUACGCCACCCCAACCUUGUGGUGCUCUAUGGUUGCACCUCCCGACAAAGCCAUGAACUUCUCCUUGUGUAUGAAUACAUUUCCAAUGGGACACUUGCGGAUCACCUCCAUGGAAAACGAGCAAAUGCAAGCUUACUACCAUGGCCAUUACGGAUGAACAUUGCCAUUGAAACUGCCAGAGCUCUAGUGUACCUUCAUGCCUCUGAAAUCAUACACCGAGAUGUGAAGACAAGUAACAUUCUUCUUGAUCAUAAUUUUAGUGCAAAGGUAGCAGAUUUUGGGCUCUCAAGGCUCUUACCAGAUGAUGUCAAUCACGUGUCUACAGCUCCUCAAGGAACCCCAGGAUAUUUGGAUCCCCAAUAUCACCAUCGUUACCAAUUAACAGAUAAGAGUUAA